GUUGAAGAUGGGAUGAAGAUAGGUGAAGAAAACGGGAUAAAGAUAGGUGAAGAACGCGGGAUAAAGAUAGGUGAAGAACACGGUCGUGCGGAACGAGAGCAACUCAAGGCUGAAAUGGAACAACUCAAGGCUGAAAUGGAACAACAGAAGGCUGACAGUGCCCGACGCGAGGCUGAAAAACAGGCUGAAUUGGACCAACUCAAAGCGAGAAUGCAUGAAGACGAAAACCGUCAGUCUGACAACGCGGCAGUCGCAGCCUGAAGAAGAGAUGGAAAGUUUUCCUAGCCAGGACGACAGCAAAG